AUGGACAUUGAGAGAAGUCAAUGGUUUUCCCUUCAGUGUGACGAGUCGGUGGACGCGAGUGACACCGCGCAGCUGGCUCUUUUCGUGCGUAUGGUGUUUGAGGACUUCUCCACCAAAGAGGAGUUUUUGACCUUGCUUCCACUAAAAACCUCCACCAGGGGAAUAGACAUCUACAACGUCGUAAAAGGAUAUGUGGUGGAUAAAAAGUUCCCUAUUAGAAAGCUGGUGUCCAUAACGAGUGAUGGAGCCCCUGCUAUGACUGGCCGCCACAACGGAUUUAUUGCGCAUUGCAAAGCGGACCCGGACUUUCCCAAGUUUUUGAACUACCACUAUAAUCAACUCCAUUCGAGCAAAGGCAAAGCAACAUCGGAGCUUCAAAUUGUUCCUGGAGGAAUGCGCCGCGGAUCACGGGGAUCUUCUCCUUCAUACGGACAUCAGGUGGUUAAGUUGCGGUAA